AUGUCUUCUCUUCAAAACGCAAAAGGAGGCUCAUUCAAGCUUAACACAGGGUUCUAUAUACCUCUAGUAGGUCUGGGGACCUACCUGAUUACUGGAAAUGACGUGGGUGUGAAACCGUCCGUGGAUGCGGCACUGAGCAAUGGCUACCGUAUGUUUGAUACAGCCAAACUCUACAAGAAUGAACCCGAGUUGGGAGCUGCGCUAGCUGAACUAAUGCCAAAGCAUGGUGUGACACGCGCCGACAUCUUCAUUACUACGAAGAUCUUGCCCGAUACAGACGAAAAGGCGGCUAACGUCCGAAAACUAAUUGAUGAAUCUUUAGCCAAUCUUAAAACUAACUACAUUGAUAUGGUACUCAUUCACUAUCCCAAAUAUCGCUCUGAUACGGCCGAAGGUGAUCAGGAUCCAAAGAAUGCGCCCCGCCGACAGCUCACUUAUAUGGAGCUUGAGAAGUUAAAAGGUUGGCCUAAUUACUUAUACAGUGAUGCCCUCGUGAUCUUGCAUUCAUCGCUGGUACCUCAGGUCAUAAAGUCCUAA